AUGCCAUCAUCAAGGCGCCUGCUGCGGUCGUUGGAGGCCCUGCCGUCGCAGUUAACUGGCUCUCGGUACGUCUGUACGAAUUGUCGCUGGCAAUCGCUUCCACGAACCCGAAAUUUGAUCUCGAUUCCCUCUCGUCGAUACAACUCCUCCGACAAUCUUCCAUUCAGCGAAAAAGUACGACGGAAGCUAUGGGGCACAGACAAUCCUCCAGGCUUAAAGGAUCCGUACGGAGGGGAAAGCAUGCUGGAGAGAAGAGCUCGCGAGCUCAGAGAAUCUAGGGAAGAAGUCAAGGAGUCCGAGCCGCAAGAGACUUCAGAUGAAUAUGCCCAGGUCGUGGAGGAAGGAAAUUCUGAGCCAAUGGGAGAUUAUACCCCUGCAGCGACGUGGGAUGGAUUAGAACAUGUUGGAUCGUUGGGAGAAUGGUGGGAGAAACCAGCAACCGAGGUGGAUAGAUUUGAUGCAUUCAUGCGAAGAGAAAAGAUUACGAACGAUGAUGAUAUCUUAGCAGUUUUGCACCAGGCUAUGGUCGAAUUGAAGAGCCCGCUGUUUUCUGAAGAACUACCUUCUUCUACAGAGCCGGAGACAUCCUCAUUUGAAGUUAGCCCACCAGCCAAUACAGAGUUCCUUAACAUUCCUUUUGGAUCUCCAGAUUUGAAAUUUGCCUACCUGAAAAGAGUCAGCCAAUUGACAGGCCAUCUCAUUCCUGACCAGGAACUUGCAUCGAUGUCCAAGCUUUCUUCUGUCCAAACAUACCUUAUCCGCGCUUCGACCCCUAAACCUACAAAGCUUGCAGAACAGCUCAUUGCCGAAGGAGUAUUCGAUGGUAUCCCUAAUGUAAAGAUCUAUCAAAGAAGACAAACCCCCAUUGACCGCGAGAUGGAGACUGGCCAAUGGAAGGUCAUUGAAGAGGAGCUUAUCAAGAGGGGUCUCCCCGUCACUGGUCGCAAAGAAGCAUGA